AUGAUACUACAACACAACAGGAGUCCUCUGCUGCUCACCGUCACCUGCAUGUACUUCUCAGGAGGCUUACUUUGGUCUUAUCAAGAAGAGGAUGCCAGUGACGGUGAAGAGUGCUCGGAGAAUAACAUUUCUACAACAAGGUACCCCUGCGUGAAGUCGACUGGUGAAGUUACGACGUGUUACAGAAAGAAAUGUUGCAAGGGCUUUAAGUUUGUGUUGGGCCAGUGCAUUCCUGAAGACUAUGAUGUGUGUGCUGGCGCCCCCUGUGAGCAACAGUGUACUGACCAUUUCGGUCGAGUGGUGUGCACCUGUUACCCUGGCUACCGCUAUGACCGUGAGCGCCACAGAAACCGAGAGAAGCCCUACUGUCUGGACAUUGACGAAUGUGCAGACAAAAACUUGACUACAUGCUCUCAAAUCUGCAUCAACUCUGUGGGGAGCUACAGCUGUGAGUGUGAGAAAGGCUAUUUCCUGGAAGAAGAUGGGAAAACAUGCACCAACGGGGAGAGAGCGGUGCAUCUCUUUGAGAAAUCUGACAAUAUGAUGAAUGCUGGAACUUGCUCAGCCACCUGUGACGACUUCCACCAGAUCAAAAUGUCUGUCCUGCAGCUUAAACACAAGAUGGCCAUGCUGUCAAACAGUGCUGACGUACCUGAGCAAAUGACCAGUGAGAAAAUCCUGACGUCGCCUGUAUUUUUAACAGGGCCUCCAGGUCUCCCUGGUCCUCCAGGAGAUUCAGGACCAGAGGGCCCGCCAGGACUUCCAGGAUUGUUGGGGCCACCUGGCCCACCUGGACCCAGGGGCUUGAUGGGACCCAUUGGACCCACACCAGACCUGUCCCACAUUAAACGGGGCCCCCGAGGACCUGUGGGACCUCCAGGAGCACCCGGAAAAGAUGGCCUAAAGGGGGAUAGAGGAGCUCCUGGGAUUGCUGGACCACCAGGCCCUCCAGGCUCAUUUGACUUCCUGCUCUUGCUGAUGGCGGACAUCCGCAACGACAUCGCUGACCUGCAGAGCAAGGUGUACGGUCGACCAAUCCAGUCUCCGGGGGAUGACUUUCCAGUGGUCCCUGACAGCUGGAGGGACAGCCAGGACAGUCUAGAUACAGGCUCAGGUGAGGACUACAAGGAGCCACCACCUCGGAGAAGCGGAGGCUCCAAAAGGAACAAGAAAAGGAAACCAGCGCCAGAGAGAACAGACUUUGACUGGAAUAACUGA